UCAGGUUUGGACUGACUGGGGCUGGUUGUGGAUGCUGAGUGUGUGUGAGACUGAGGUGUACUGAGGCGUUCCAUCACUCCUGCUGCAACCACUCCAUCUCUCCAUCCUCCUCCUCCUCCUACACUCCAAAAGAGAGAGAGAGAGAGCGAGCGAAAGAGAGAGAGAGAGAGAGAAAAAAAACACGCACACAGUGAGACCUGUGAAGAAGAAGACGAAGAGAGAACAAGGAAACCUGGCUCCUUAAAGAAGCAUAGAAAAAACGAAGACAACGAAAGAAGAAGCCGCUGGUGCUGAUUCAUUUUUAUUUGAGGACAUCUCCCUCAGGAGCAGACUCAGCACGCAGGACCUGACCCAGGCUCCUACUGGAACCAGCCAGCCAGGGAACAGCAGGGCAGGAGGAUGCUCAACAACCUGACAGACUGCGAGGAUGGGGAUGGGGGACCCAACCAGGGAGAUGGCAAUCCUAAGGAGAGCAGCCCUUUCAUCAACAGCAGCGACGUGGAGAAGGGCAAGGAGUACGAUGGAAAGCACAUGGCUCUCUUCGAGGAGGAGAUGGACACCAGCCCCAUGGUCUCCUCUCUGCUCAGCAGCCUGGCCAACUAUUCGAACCUGCCGCAAGGGAGCAAGGAGCACGAGGAAGCAGAGAACAACGAGGAGGCACGCAAAAAACCCAUCAAGGCUCCACGGAUGGGUACCUUCAUGGGCGUGUACCUGCCCUGCCUGCAGAACAUCUUUGGUGUGAUCCUGUUCCUGCGUCUCACCUGGGUGGUGGGCAUGGGGGGCGUGUUAGAUUCCUUCAUCAUCGUCUUCAUAUGCUGCACCUGUACCAUGCUGACCGCGAUUUCCAUGAGUGCCAUCGCCACAAACGGAGUGGUACCAGCUGGUGGAUCGUACUACAUGAUAUCGCGCUCGCUGGGGCCCGAGUUUGGGGGCGCUGUGGGACUCUGCUUCUAUCUGGGGACCACCUUCGCGGGAGCCAUGUACAUCCUGGGUACCAUCGAGAUCCUGCUGACCUACAUCGUGCCCCAGGCGGCUGUUUUCAAGCUGGACGGCCUGGAGGGGGCGGAGAUGGAGGAGGCUAUGUUAAAUAACAUGCGUAUCUAUGGGACCUGCGUGCUGUCCUGCAUGGCGACGGUGGUGUUUGUGGGAGUCAAGUAUGUCAACAAGCUGGCGCUGCUCUUCCUGGCCUGCGUCAUCAUCUCCAUUGCCGCCAUCUAUGCAGGGGUGAUCAAGACUGCCAUCGACCCCCCGGAUUUCCCGAUCUGUAUCCUGGGGAACCGCACUCUGAUCCGCAAGGAGUUCGACCUGUGUGCCAAGGUAGUGGAGAUGGGCAACCAGACAGUCACCACCAAGCUGUGGAGCCUCUUCUGCAACUCCACCUUGCUGAACGCCACCUGCGACGAGUACUUCACCAACAACAACGUGACAGAGGUGCAGGGUAUCCCUGGGGUGGCCAGCGGCAUCAUCACCAAGAACCUGUGGAGUAACUACUUGGAGAAGGGGGUGGUGAUUGAGAAGGAGGGGGCGAUGUCCGUGCCCAAUGAAGACGGGACCUUGGGCAAGACCAAGCGCUACGUCAUGAGUGACAUCACCAGCUUCUUCACCCUGCUCGUGGGCAUCUACUUCCCCUCCGUCACAGGUAUCAUGGCCGGGUCGAACCGAUCAGGAGACCUGCGCGAUGCCCAGAAGUCCAUCCCUGUCGGCACCAUCAUGGCAAUAGCCACCACCUCCUUCGUCUACAUGUCCAGUAUUGUCCUGUUUGGAGCCUGCAUCGAGGGGGUGGUGCUGAGGGACAAGUUCGGCGAGGCAGUCAACGGGAACCUGGUGAUCGGGACGCUGGCCUGGCCGUCCCCCUGGGUCAUUGUGGUGGGCUCCUUCUUCUCCACCUGCGGGGCGGGGCUGCAGAGCCUGACGGGAGCGCCACGCCUCCUCCAGGCCAUUGCCCGCGACGGCAUUGUGCCCUUCCUCAGGGUAUUCGGCCACGGCAAGGCGAAUGGGGAGCCCACCUGGGCUUUGCUGCUGACAGCCUGUAUCUGUGAGAUCGGGAUCCUCAUCGCCUCGCUGGACGCUGUGGCCCCCAUCCUCUCUAUGUUCUUCCUGAUGUGCUACAUGUUUGUGAACCUGGCCUGUGCCUUACAGACCCUGCUGCGCACUCCCAACUGGAGACCACGCUUCAAAUUCUACCACUGGGCCCUCUCUUUCCUCGGUAUGAGUCUGUGUCUGUCGCUCAUGUUCAUCUGCUCCUGGUACUAUGCCCUCGUCGCCAUGGUGAUCGCCACCUGCAUCUACAAGUACAUCGAGUACCAAGGGGCUGAGAAGGAGUGGGGAGACGGGAUCAGAGGCCUGUCUCUUAGCGCUGCACGCUUCGCUCUGCUGAGACUGGAGGAGGGACCCCCACAUACCAAGAACUGGAGGCCUCAGAUCCUGGUCGUGGUCAGUGUGGAUCAGGAUCAGAAUGUGGAAAACCCCCAGCUGCUGUCCCUCACCAACCAGCUGAAGGCUGGCAAGGGCCUGACCAUCGUGGGCGCAGCGCUGGAGGGCACUUACCUGAACAACCACCCUCAGGCGCAGCGCGCCGAGCAGUCUUUGCGUCGGAUGAUGGAGACGGAGAAGGUGAAGGGCUUCUGCCAGGUGGUGAUCUCCUCUAACAUGCGUGACGGGACGUCCCAUCUGAUCCAGGCGGGGGGGCUUGGGGGGCUGCAGCACAACACCGUGCUGGUGAGCUGGCCAUGCAACUGGAAGCAGGCAGAGGACCACAGCACCUGGAGGAACUUCAUCGAGCUGGUACGGGAGACCACAGCCGCUCACCUGGCCCUGCUGGUGCCCAUGAACAUCUCUGCGUACCCCUCCAACCAGGAGCGCUUCACGGAGGGCAACAUCGACGUGUGGUGGAUCGUGCACGACGGGGGCAUGCUGAUGCUGCUGCCCUUCCUGCUGCGCCAGCACAAGGUGUGGAGGAAGUGUAAGAUGCGUAUCUUCACCGUGGCCCAGAUGGACGACAACAGCAUCCAGAUGAAGAAAGACCUGACCACCUUUCUGUACCACCUGCGCAUCAGCGCUGAAGUGGAGGUGGUGGAGGUGCAAGACAGUGACAUCUCUGCAUACACCUACGAGAAGACCCUGGUGAUGGAGCAGCGCUCACAGAUCCUCAAGCAGAUGCAGCUCACCAAGACUGAGCGUGAGAGAGAGAUCCAGAGCAUCACAGAUGAGUCCCGUGGAUCGAUCCGGCGCAAGAACCCCUCAAACCCUCGCAUGCAUCUGAGUGUGCAGGAGGAGCAGCCAGGGGGCAGCAAGGAGGAGAAACCUGAGGAGGAGAGUGUUGCUCUCUCCUGCCCCUCGCAGGUUCAGCUGAUCCAUGACCAGAAUGCCACGCCCACCCCGACCAGCCCCCAGUCCCCCGUGGAGGAGGUGCAGACUCCCAGCUCUAAGGUGCAGCUGACGUGGACCGAGAAAUUCACCGGAGACCCAGGCAAGAGCAAGGGGCCGAGCACCCCUGAGGGCAUCAAAGACAUAUUCAACAUGAAGCCUGAAUGGGAAAACUUGAACCAGUCGAAUGUGCGGCGAAUGCAUACGGCAUUGAAGCUGAACGAGGUCAUCACAAGGAAGUCCCAGGAUGCGAAGCUGGUCCUGCUCAACAUGCCGGGUCCGCCCAAGAACAGGAAGGGGGAUGAGAACUACAUGGAGUUCCUGGAAGUGCUGACUGAAGGGCUGAACCGGGUGCUGCUGGUGCGUGGCGGAGGCAGAGAGGUCAUCACCAUCUACUCCUGAGAACCCAACUCGACCUCCAGCCCCUUCCUUCAGUGACUGAACCCACCACCACCCCAGCCAGCCCCUUCUUUCAGUGACUGAACCCACCAUUACCCCAGCCAGCCCGAACUCCAGCCCCUUCCUUCAGUGACUGAACCCACCAUCCCCCCCCGGCCAGCCCGAACUCCAGCCCCUUCCUUCAGUGACUGAACCCACCACCACCCCAGCCAGCCCCUUCUUUCAGUGACUGAACCCACCAUCCCCCCCCGGCCAGCCCGAACUCCAGCCCCUUCCUUCAGUGACUGAACCCACCAUCCCCCCCCAG